AUGAAGAAAAAAAAACAAAAAAGACGAUUGUGCAGUAAUGAAGAGAAUAUCGUGCAAUGUAGCGCUGUUGAAAAUAUAGAAAAUGUAACGCUACAAGAAAAUCAAUUUCACAGCCAACAACUUCAUAUUUAUGAACAGCGUAAUGAAUGCAUUACUCCCGAAGUUAUUCUACACAGAAACACAGGAAUUCCUGGCGAUGGUAAUUGUCUAUUCCACUCGCUCAUAAGUGUUUUGCAACUUCAAAUUGAGAUUUGUGACUUGAGAAAUCAGUUACGCGAUUCACCCUAUUUAAACUCCUGCCACAAUCCGCAAGAAGCAUAUAACAUUCUAUCAAGCAGUAAUGAUUACGGAGAUUUGGAUUGUUUGUACUUAUUCUCAAAAAUGUACAAUCAAAAUAUUUGUGUACAUUAUUGUUUUUACAACAUAACUACAACGAAUGAAGACACUAUCUUUUGUCAUUUUAAAGCGAAUGAUGCACAAAACUGGAUUCAUCUUCAUCUUCGUGAACAACAUUUCACACCUUUUUAUGAAGUAUCAGAUUUAUUGGAGACAGUACAAGAUGCUACCCAAAAUGAAGCCCAUGUUGAUGCCAAUAUUGAACUAUUGCGUGAUAAUUAUGAUGAAGAUCCUACCGAAGAUAACCAUAACAAUCAUGAAAAUGAAAUUGAGAUUGAUAGAGAAGAUCGAAUUGGUGAAAAUACUAUGGAUUUUAUUGAUGAUGGUACUAUUCCAGUUUAUACAAAUUAUCGUAAACACAGUACAAGUCAUAUUGAUUUUUAUAAAGAAUUUACGAGUAAUUCAUUCGGUCAUUCUUGUAUUAUUUGCGACAGACUAUGGUGGAAAGGAGACUUGAAAAAGUCGACCAGUAAACAUGAAAGUAUUUUGAAAACAAUACUGCAGAAUUACAUACCUGGUGAAAUUGUUCAAGUCUGCUCUACGUGUUAUACAUCUUUGGGAAAAGAAAAAAUUCCUCUCAUGUCAACCUACAAUGGUUUUGCAUAUCCGAAAAUUCCAUCACAUUUACCAACGUUAAACCUUAUCGAGCAACGGUUGAUUUCCCCGAGAAUACCGUUCAUGCAGAUUCGUAGACUGAGACACGUUAAUGGUCAGCAAUUAGGGCCACCAACUGCUUUUAUGACUCUCAGCGCCAAUGAAACUGGCUGGGAAAAUAUGUUGAAAUUAUUGUACAAAUUGAAAAACGAGGGAACGGAACUUUCAGAUGAGUUUUUAGCAGAAAUGAGUUAUGUGCAUAAAGCUCAACUUGUGAAUGAAGAUGCCGUAACUUGUGCUAUCUAUUUUAAUAAAAUGAUUAUACUAGAUGAAUAUGCUUGUGCAACAUAUGUUGUUGAAUAUGUCAAUAAGCAUAAUAGAGGGAUUAGUAAUUUGCAAAGACAAAUAAUUGACAUAAUUGACGAGCAUCCAGAAUUCGACAUUGUCGAUAUCACGAAAAAAAUGAGUAUUGACAUACUUCAGUCUGUUGAAAUGCCGGCACAAGAAGCUGCUUGGUAUUUAUUAAGAGAACCUAUGGCUAAGUCAUCGGUGGUGUCAGUCUACAUUCCAACGGUAUUUCCUACUGAACGCGCAAGAAUUAGAAAAUCUAUGAAGGAGCUUGAAGCUUUAGAUGAUGAUUGUACGAACAUUUGGAAAGAGAAUUGGCUUGAUAAAUAUGAGAAAAGACCUGAAGAACUCCGCGAUGUUACGUUAGCACAAUUUGUUGCAAAAUAUUACCUAAAUACAAAGGGGACUUACACUAAAAGAGAUACUGCAAGAAUAAUAAGAUACAGGAACUACGAUAUGGCUGACAAUUACAACGAUUAUAGGCGUGAGAUGGUUCUGUUGCAUGUUCCUUUUCAAAGUGAAGAAAAUGAUAUUAUUGCUGAAAAUAAGUUCAUUCAAAUAUACGAGGACAACAAAGAUACGAUAUUAGAACGUAGGAAAGAAUUUGAAUCAAAUUUGGACAUAGAGAAAACUUUAGAAAUUUGUAGACAGUUGUGCCGAGAAAACGAUGAAGAACAAGAAGACGAAGAAUUAUUAAGAGCGGUUGAUAUAUUGCAUGUAAGAGAUCCUUAUGACUUAUUGCUACGUGAUCCAAACUCAACUGCUAAUGUUGAUUUACAAAAUGCAUCUCUGCAUAAACUUGGCGCUGUAGCUAAAAAAAAGAGAAAAUUUAAUGGAUUAUCAACAAUUCUAUAA